AUGGCUGACGGCCGUGGCACCGUUCUUCCCGUGCCUGGCAAGCGGAACAUCCUCAUCACCAGCGCUUUACCAUUUGUAAACAAUGUCCCACACCUUGGAAAUAUCAUAGGAUGCGUCCUUUCCGGGGAUGCCUUUGCGAGGUACUGUAGAGGACGUGGUAUCAACACUCUAUACGUUGGUGGGACGGAUGAGUACGGGACCACGGCAGAGGCGAAAGCCCUCUUGGAGAAGUGCACACCACAAGAGCUCUGUGACAGGUACCACGCAAUUCACGCGGGGAUAUAUGAAUGGUUUAAUAUCAGCUUCGACAUCUUUGGCCGCACUACGACUCAACUUCAGACAGACAUUACCCAAGACAUAUUUCUGAAGCUAGAGAAGAAUGGCUUUUUAGAGGAGCGCAUAACAACCCAGCUGUACUGUCAGGAGCAUCACUCAUUCCUGGCAGAUCGUUUCGUGGAAGGCGAGUGCCCAGUCUGCGGCUAUACCGAUGCUCGCGGCGACCAAUGCGACCUCUGCGGCCAACUCUUGGAGUCUCUGCAGCUCAAACAUCCUCGAUGCAAAAUUGACGGCUCCAAACCGAUCACCAGGGAUACAAAGCACAUUUUCUUGGAAUUAGACAAGUUACAACCUGAUACCGAAACUUUCUUUCGAGACUCCGCCGCCCGCGGUGCCUGGUCGAACAAUAGCACAGUCAUCACCUCAGCUUGGUUGAAAGAGGGAUUGAAGCCACGCAGUAUAACCAGAGAUAUUAAAUGGGGAACAGCGAUUCCACUGCCAGGAUACGAAGAUAAAGUCAUAUACUCAUGGUUUGAUGCUUGCAUCGGAUACGUAUCCAUCACUGCUCGGUACACUGACCAGUGGGAAAAGUGGUGGCGAAAUCCCGAAGACGUUCAGCUUUAUCAAUUCAUUGGUAAAGAUAACGUUGUCUUCCACUCUGUGAUAUUCCCUGCCUCUCAAAUUGGCACUGAGGAUACCUGGACGAAGCUCCAUCAUCUCUCCACGACAGAUUACCUUACCUACGAGGGCGGGAAAUUUUCUAAAUCUCGCGGCAUUGGUGUCUUUGGAGACUCGGCUCAAAAGACCGGGAUCCCUGCUGACAUUUGGCGCUGCUUCUUGCUUUCCCAUCGCCCAGAGGCCGGUGAUAGUGAAUUUACUUGGGACGCAUUUAUUAAUUGCAACAAUAAUCUGCUCCUUAAGAAUUUCGGCAACUUUAUCAGUCGUGUUCUGAAGUUUAUCAACUCUCGUCACUACAACAACAUUUUACCAGACUGGACUGAAUACCACGAAGACUCCUUUGACACUUUUAAAGAAGAGAUCAACAAGCUUCUCGCGCAGUAUAUCCAAGAAUUCGAUGCCGUCAAGAUUCGUCCCGCUUGGUCGACAGUCCUCCAGAUAUCUCAGCAGGGCAACGGCUUCCUACAGUUGAAUAAACUCGACAACAGUCUUGCCGAAAAUGAGCCGUCUAAAUGUGCGGCAGUUAUUGGCAUAGCCGCCAAUACUGUCCACCUUCUUUCAUCCAUCGUUGCCCCAUACAUGCCGGACAUAGCAAAGUCCAUCAACACACAACUUUGUACCGAUCCAAUUUCCAUCCCAGACCACUGGAAUGCAGAUUCUAUCAAGCCUGGUCAUAAAAUUGGCAAGUCUGAGCACUUAUUCAGUCGUAUCAACCCCGAAAAGGCAGAGGAGUGGCGAAAGGCGUAUGGCAGCGACGAGGUGAAAAGGGUCAAGGAGGAGGAGGUUGCAAUGAAAGCGAAGAGAAAGGCAGCUAUGAAGCCGGGGAAGACAGAGCAGACAGGGAAUGUUGACAAGGCAGAAGAUAUGGUGUCAGAGGCUUGA